AUGAUCCAACUGAAGCAAUGCUUAGAAAAAUGUGCACUGGACUGGACACCUGUCACUGAGGUCUGUCCCAAUGUCUUCAUAGGAAAUGAAGAGACAGCAAUGGACCGAGCUAGACUAAAGGAGAUGGGUAUUACCCACAUCCUGAACACUGUAGCUGUGAAGAAAAAAUGCAGGGUCUUGUUAGGAAUACCAAGAAAGGAAGACCUAUUAGGAAAGGCCAAUAUAGGGGUGAAAUAUUACAAAGGCAUGAACAUCAGUUACUAUGGUGUGACUGUAACGGAUGACCACUUGUUUGACAUCAGCAAAUACUUCUACCAAGCUGCAAAAUUCAUCCACAAGGCCCGGAGUAACACAGAGAGUAAGGUGUUGGUGCACUGCUUAGAUGGUGUCAGAAGAUCUUCCACUCUUGUUCUGGCAUAUCUGAUGAUUCACCAUGACAUGAUGAUGGAGGAUGCCAUGGACCAUGUCAUAAAGGUGAGACGCAUCAGGCCCAACAUGGGCUUCUUGAAGCAGCUAACAAUACUCAAUUCAAAGCUUUUGAGUCAGAGAAAACUACAAUAA